CACGGUCUCCCUCACACACUGACUAGCAGGUUCUGACCCCGUCGCCGAGGUAACGGCGCCGGACACUGUGACCUGGGGGGUGACGUCACUUCCGCCUGCCGGCUGUAAACACACGUGGAAGGACAGGGAUCCGAACAUUACACAAUGUCCAUAAGCCCUGUGCAAAAACAUAAACACUGGGAUGGGGCUUCUAAACCGAACACUUCCAGGCAGGGUGAUAUCGAGGAUACAGUAAAAAAGAAGAAAAAGAAGUUGAUUAAUCCCGACGUCAUGUACAUGGGCAGUGGAGAAGGGAUGCCAAAGAGAAAGAAGCGUAAGGUGAACAGUGAGAACCAGGAGGUGGAAGGUGACCCCAUAAUUCCUAAUAAAAAGUCAGAUGGCUACAUUGAAAAAGCGAUCGAUCAAGAAACUUACAAAAAGAAGAAAAAAAGAAAAUAUGAAUCUCACCAGGAUGAUGCCUCAUCCUCGUCUAUUGUCCUUCAUCAGGAGUGUAAUAAAAAAAUCAAAAAAGCUCAUAAAGCCAAAAACUCUGAGAGACUCCACAGAGAUGAACUUUUCACUGAAAAAUCUCCAUGUAGGGAAAAUACUGAUCAAGAAGGUGAAUCAAAGGAAAAGAAAAGGAAGAAAACAAAGAAAGAUAGCAGGGAACGUCUACUAGACAAUAGUUUAGUGAAGGAUUUGUCAGCUGUCCAAACCCACCAUACAAAGAAGAAGAGGAAAAAGCGGAAAGAUGGUGGAGAUCUCCAGAGUGAUGGUUUCACUGAGGAAGUGGAUGAAAGUGUGGACCAGUCAGAAAGGGCUGUCAAGAAGAAGAAAAAGGAAAGAAAGGAAGAGUCUCCCCAGGAGGCAGAUGGCAUUGAAGCAAAUGAUUCCUCCUAUAUACCAAUGAAUAAUAAUAAGAAAAAGUGGAAAAGUGGUGGAGAUCCCCAGGAUGAUGGCUUUGCUGAGAAAUUUCCCUCUCACAGAAAGUCUCCAGAUGGUUCUGAUGCUCCAGAAAAAGUGAAUGAAUGUUUGGACCAGGUAGAAAAACCCAUUAAGAAGAAGAAAAAAAGAAAGGAUGAGCUUCACCAGGAGGUCAAAGACAUCACAGUAGAUGAUGGGGCCCCCUCUAUUGUCCUUUAUCAGGAGCAAAAUGAAAAGAUUAAAAAAUCUCAUAAAGUCAAAGACACCAAGGGAUGUAAUACAGAUGAAGGAUCACCAGAAGAAGUGUAUAGGGAACAUGCUGAUCUAACAGAUAAGCAAAGCCUGAAGAAGAAGAAGUGGAAAGGUGGUAAAGAGACCUCAGAACAAGUGGAUCAGUCAGAAACAUAUGUCAAGAAGAAGAAAAAGAAAAGAAAGGAAGAACCUCACCAGGAGACAGAUGACAUCGAUGAUGGGGCCCCCUCUAUUGUCUAUCAGGAGAAAAAGAAAACAAUCAAAAAAUCUCACAAAGCCAAAGACCACAAGAGACGUCAUGGAGAUGAAGGAUUACCAGAAAAAGCCUUGUAUAGGGAACCUGCUGUUCUAACAGAUAAGCAAAGUCUAAAGAAAAAGAAGAAAGAUCGUCUUUUAGAAAAUAGUUUAGCAGAGGAAUUGUCGAUUUCUGAGACCCAACAUGCCAAGAAGAAGAAGAAAAAGCAAAAGAUUAGUGGAGAUCUCCAGGAUGAUGGAUUUACUGAGAAAUUUCCCUCUUGCAGAAAGUCUCCCGAUGGUUCUGAUGUUCCAGAACAAGUGGAUGAAUGUUUGGACCAGGUAAAAAAAAACAUCAAGAAGAAGAAAAGAAAGCAUGAACCUCACCAGGAGGCCAAGGACAUCGCAGUAGAGGAUGUGUCCUCCUCCAUUGGCCUCCAUGAAGAUGAACCUUCAUAUAGUGAACCUAAUUAUACAGAAGAUAUGCCAAGUCAGACAAAAAAGAAGAAAUCUAAGAAAGUUCUAGAAGAUGGUUCAGUGGAGGAAUUGUUAAAUCACGACGCCAAACGUACCAACAAGAAGAGAGAGCUGAAGGGCGGUAGAGAUGAAAGCCAUAGACAACAUGGUUUUACUGAGACCACAGAACAAGUAGUAGAGACUGUAGAUCAGACUGAAGUGCACGUGAAGAAGGUGAAAAACAAGAAACACUUGGACAGGAGUGAGGAGACAUCUGAUAUCUCAGCAGAAGAGACUAAGCCAGAGGGGGGUCAGUCAUUGCAGAGCCGGGUGGUGGAAAGUGAUGGAAAUGUGAUAGACAGAGAACAAACCCCAACCAGUGGACAGAGCCGACCUCAGACCUGUGCGUCUACAGACACUGACCAGAACCCGGCGACACAAAAUAACAAAAGGCCAGCUACUUCAGGAAAAUGCACAAAAGAGCGUGUUAAAGGAAAACAACAAUCAAAUAAGCCUUUUAUUCGGAAACAAGACUGGGAACUGAUUAAAGAAUAUUUCCCCCAGGUAAAGGAAGAGGACAUACAAAUGAAAUUUAUACUUUCCCAGGAGCUGGAGAGAAUUAGAAUUGCAAAACAGAAAGGAAUAUUGUUUCGCAGCGGCCAGUUUACCAUCGAAGAAGAUGAACAGAUCAAGAAGAAUGUAGAGAAGUUCAUGGCAGAGGUUGGGAUAGAUUCGCCGGUGAUGCUUUUUCAUCCCUACUACUUCCCCGAGCAUUUAAAGACAAUCAACUCAUUAAGAAAAAAAUUUCGGUUUUCACAAAGAAUCGCUGAUGGGUUGUAUCGCUCAUGUGACCAAGCCGUUGUGCGAGGAUCAUUGUUAUAUCGCUUUGCUACAAGCUCAGGACGGUUCUCAGCACAGGAGGUAAAAGAGCUAAAGAAGUAUCAUGAGGAACAUGGGGACGAUUAUAUCGCCAUCUCAAAGUUAAUGAGCCGCACUGUAAUGUCCGCCCAGAGGAAGGUCGUUGACCUGAGUAAAGAAGUAAAUCGCGGACCUUGGAGUGUAGACGAAACAAAUCUCCUGAUCUCAGCUGUGAAGGAAUUUGUUCUGGAUUCUCUUCAGAAAGAGAAUAAUAGCAAUGAAGAGCCGGUGACCGUACCCAAAAGAAAGCUGUACAAAGGUAUAAAAUGGUUCCAGAUAGAGAAAAAGGUUGUGACGAGGAACUGGACGCAUUGUAAAGCACGUUGGUCCAAUGUUAUAUCAACAAGAAUGAACAAUGGGCUUCAUCCUAGCAAAGGGGAUCAAGGAAGACUAACAAGCAUGAAAAUGAUCCAGUGGAUGCGUGAUGCCAACGUGAAGGAUUAUGGCGAUGUGAAGUGGGACAAUUUGUGCGAUGACAUUGGAAAUGUGACGUCCUUUUGCGCCCAGUUACAUUUUGUGAGUCUAAAGCAGUCUGUCCAGGGCUGGAAGGAUAAGCGUUUGUACGAAAUAGUGGAUUACUUGUACGAUGUGACUAUGCCACGGCUGGAAUACCAGUUGUCUUCUGCAGCACUCGAAGAGCCAGAGAAGAAAGAGGAGUUUUUAAUCAGCGAAAUGUUUCGGGAAUAUUCAGACUAUGAUUAAAUGUAGAAUCUUCUGGAUGGUGGUAGCGGAUUGCCAAUGUCGAGGGGGUCCUGAAGACAACCUGUUUUUAGCAGCUCAUGGUUCAUACCACACUGACAAAAACAUUAUGCUAAUGACCCUGUACGGUAACCGGAGUAAACCUAAAAAGAACAAGGUCCAAAAAUAUUGAUUUUUAAUCACAUCAUAUCAGGGAAAAAAUGUUAAGCGAUCAAAAAACCCAUCAAAACAAGAAUGGUACCGAUAAAAAAAAUUACAGCUUCACUUCUUAUAAAACUAGAGCAAUAUUAGAAAAACUACCGUAUUUUUCGCCAUAUAAGACGCGCCCAAUUUUAAAGGAUGAAAAUCUAGAAAAAAAAGAUUCUGAACCAAAUACAAUGUGAAGUAUAGGACAGUGAUCUUCAACCUGCAGACCUCCAGA